AACACGACGUGGCUUAAUAUCUUUAUAUACUUAUCUAAAUAAAUCCACCUCUGGCUUCAUUUCUAGUGUUUGUACUUAUAUAUAUAAAAAAAGGAGCAUGACCACCGUCGUCUUCAUAAUCUUACUUGCGAUAUUCGCUACGAGUCUUUACGGCGCCGGAGGAACAACCAUGGACCCGUGUCUCGAGUCAAUGAAGACCGCCUCACUGCCUGAUCUUCCGUAUGCCUAUGAUGCACUAGAACCAGCUAUAAGCGAGGAGAUCAUGCGGCUCCAUCACCAGAAACACCACCAGACUUAUGUCACUCAGUACAACAAAGCCCUCAACAGCCUUCGCUCUGCCAUGGCCGACGGUGAUCACUCCUCUGUCGUCAAACUCCAAAGCCUCAUCAAGUUCAACGGAGGAGGUCACGUUAACCAUGCAAUAUUCUGGAAGAACCUUGCUCCUGUUCAUGAAGGAGGUGGGAAGCCACCGCACGAUCCUUUGUCUUCGGCGAUUGAUGCUCAUUUCGGAUCCUUAGAGGGAUUGAUCCAAAAGAUGAACGCGGAAGGCACUGCUGUGCAGGGGUCUGGAUGGGUGUGGCUUGGGUUAGACAGAGAGCUAAAGAGACUUGUCGUUGAGACCACCGCCAAUCAGGAAGAGAAAACAUUUGACAUAUGGAGCAAAGUACAGGAUCCAUUGGUGACUAAAGGAACACACUUUGUUCCUCUAAUCGGGAUUGACGUGUGGGAGCAUGCCUACUACCCACAGUACAAGAAUGCAAGAGCGGAGUACUUGAAGAACAUAUGGAGUGUGAUCAACUGGAAAUACGCCGCGGACGUAUUCGAGAAGCAUAGCCGUGAUCUUGAUACAAACUGAUCAGUUUUAUGUACUAUAUGUUUAGUAACUAUGCGUAUAUGGAGUCUCUAGUGUUCUUUUUUUUGGGGUCAUGUUGUCUUGUUUGUAAUAGAAGUAUAGAAGCGAAGCUUUGAGUAAUAACUAAUAAGCGAAGUUGCAAUAAUAAGUUUAAAAUGCUAUGUACCUUGAAAGCAUAAUGUCUUGUUAAUGAUUUU